UGAGUCACUGCCAGCUCUCUGCUUUCAGCUGUCGUCCUCUGAUGUGAUUCUUUCAGUGAGGGGGGCAGCAAGGGCCUCGGUCUCCACCCUGUCUGCUUCAUGAGCAUAUUGAUCAGAGAACUCCACCAUGUGCAUUUGUUGCAGUUGAGCGUAAAGAUCCAUCACUGCGGGUGUCGGAGCCAGAGGAUCCUGGGGGAGCUCUACAGGCCAAACGGGAGCGUUUCGGAUGGGCAACGUUCCCACCUCAGUGAAGCACUGCCUGAGCUAUGAACAACUCAUCCAGGAUUAUCCGUGGCUAGGAAGCCGGCUGCAGGAGGAGAAGUUGAGCGUAAAGAUCCAUCACUGCGGGUGUCGGAGCCAGAGGAUCCUGGGGGAGCUCUACAGGCCAAACGGGAGCGUUUCGGAUGGGCAACGUUCCCACCUCAGUGAAGCACUGCCUGAGCUAUGAACAACUCAUCCAGGAUUAUCCGUGGCUAGGAAGCCGGCUGCAGGAGGAGAAGUGCACUUUAACACAUGAAUAUCCAGAGUAUGUUAAAAUGAUUGAAGUUGGACCAAGAGACGGACUUCAAAAUGAAAAGGAAAUGGUUCCGACAAGAGUCAAAAUCCAGCUGAUAAACAUGCUCUCGGAAACAGGCCUGCCUGUGAUCGAGGCCACCAGCUUUGUGUCUUCAAAGUGGGUACCACAGAUGGCGGACCACACUGAAGUGCUUCAAGCCAUCCACAGAUCUUCUCAUGCUCGUUAUCCUGUACUGACACCCAACAUGCACGGCUUUCAGGAUGCUGUUGCAGCUGGUGCUACUGAAGUGGCCGUGUUUGGGUCUGCCUCUGAGACCUUCAGUCAGAAAAAUAUCAAUUGCUCUAUUGAUGACAGCAUGCUGAAGUUCGAGGAAGUCAUUUGCACUGCUAAACAACAACAGAUUCCAGUCCGUGGAUAUGUUUCUUGUGCACUAGGAUGUCCAUAUGAGGGACCCAUUGAACCCACUAAAGUUGCAGAGGUGGUAAAGCGGUUGUAUGAACUGGGCUGCUAUGAGGUGUCUCUGGGGGAUACUAUCGGCGUGGGCACCCCAGGCUCCAUGGCCAAGAUGCUGCACUACGUCAUGGAAGAGGUACCCAGCAGCGCUCUGGCCGUUCACUGCCACGACACCUACGGCCAGGCUCUGGCCAACAUCCUAACUGCACUGCAGAUGGGGAUUUGUGCGGUGGACUCAUCUGUAGCAGGUCUGGGCGGGUGCCCAUAUGCCCAGGGAGCCUCUGGUAACGUGUCAACAGAAGAUGUUCUCUAUAUGCUCCAUGGAAUGGGCAUUAAAACUGGAGUCGAUCUCUCCAAGGUAAUAGAGGCAGGUGAUUUCAUCUGCAAAGCCUUAAAUCGCAAGACCAACUCCAAGGUAGCCCAAGCAAGAAGCAAGUCCUCGUGAUUAAUCUGUGCAUUGAUACAAGAAGAAGAUAAAGACCUUUCCCUUUAGCACAGUGUUUUGUCGUGUUGAUGCUGCAUAUAGAUAGCCCAUGAUUCUAUACAAAGUGCAAUAUACAUACUUAUUUUAAAUCACAAUUGAUGGCCAUUUAGCAGAGGCACUUUAUUAAAACGUUGUUGGACAAAGCCUACUUAAAUUCAAGAAAUAACAGAACUUUUUUCACCAAAAAACCUCUUCCAGUUAUCACGUAUAGUCUGUCUGGUAGGAGGUGAAAGAUAGAGAUGACUCCUCACUAAAUUGUGAAAGUUAUUCAUGGUGUUUCUGUGGGGGUCUCUUCCCAUUCAUUUCCAGCUCAGCAGGAGAGUCCUGCUGGGUUUUAAACCAGUGAGUGUCGAUCAUUGUCUCCCUCAAAAUGUAUUUUUCUCCCUCAAAAUGUAUUUUCAAGUUUCUUUGCUCUAUUAUCAUGGAAGUCUGUCUGUCUCCACAUGUAAAAUAUUGAUUCGUUUUUUCUCUCUUCAAAGCAAAUGUUAUUUGUCAGGUGCCAAAUACAACCGAUAUAGACUUUACAGUGAAAUGCUUGCUUACGAGCCCUUCACAACGAUGCAGAGGAAAACAAAUAAUAGUAACACAAUUCAUCCUCACCAGUGCAUGACCCCAUUCGAAACCAUAUAGAUGGUUGCGACUAUUCAUUUUAUUCUGUAGAGUUAAAAGCACAGUAGGCGGCAGCUUUAUGUUGACCUAUUGUAUGUGCAAUAGUCAGAGGGGCCAAAUGUAUUUUACCUGGAGAAGCCUCUUAACCGUUUAUUUUAAUUGAAAUAGGCGUUCUGAACAUACAGCAUCUCUAAGAACACCGAACAAUAUCAUGAACUUUGUUGUCUAACCUCCCUUCCACUAGACUGUACUCCUUUUUAAACAAUAUACACAAGUAAAUUAUUUUAUUAAUUUGCAUUUCAAUAGUAAUGAAUGCAGUUCAAUGUGAAGUAUUAUGUGACAAAGUUCCAUAAUAAUAAGAAAUACAUUCAAUGUAUGUAGUGACGUUAUUCUAUGGGUUCAUCUUGCAAUAGGAAGCGACGUUUAUAUUAUACAUUAAAUACAUAGUUAUUUAAAGAAGGGUGGUUGAGUAAGUCUGAUUUGUUAGCAAGCCAAGAUAACAUAAAUAAUAGUAUCCCUUUUUAUAUUGUAGUUGGAUUGGAGGAAAUAUCAACAGAAAAAAACUGAAGUGUUCUGGCAAACCACUGUGAAUCCAACAUGUUUACUACAUAAAGAUAAUAAAAGGUUGAUUAAACAA